AUCUACUAAAGUCGCACUCUGUUGUUGUUAUAUAAAAGAUUAUAAAUUCGCGAGACACAUAAGACCGUUAAGACAUUAACCAAGUUCAGUUUUCGAUGAUCGUUUGCUAAGUGUUGACGCUUUAUUACGAAUUGACACAAAAAAAGUAACGAAGAGAGAAAAAGAAAUCUUGUAAAUAUUAACCGAAAUAUUGUUCUGUUGUGAAUUUUUGAAAUAAUUUUCCACCGAAUUAUUCUUAUCAAUCGAAUUACACCGCACCUGUACGUAAACGUUAUAUGAAGAAGUGAAAUUCAAUUCUUUUAAUACGAAAAUCGUAACAUUUUAUACGAACUAAUCGAGAAGGAUAUUAGAUAAUUUCUAAGUGAAACAACCGUACCAUUUAACAGAAAAUGGUUAUUCGAUGCAAGCAUUUAUGCCGACAUGUUCUCGAGAAUCAACAUAAGCUACAGAAGUUUCUACAGCAACAAAUUCGAUUAUGCAGCCGUGAAUCGGUGAGAGCUCAGCCACAAUUUGAAGAGCCCAGCUAUGAUUCGCGACCACGUAUACAAAAACCAGACAAUAACUAUGUUUUACAUUCAGCUGACACCGGAUCCGAAUCACUUCAAAUCGAGCAUAGCCCACACGUCGGACAAUUGUUUCGGGCAUCUGACUUACGCGUUCGCCUCGCAUCACCAACCCAACUCCAACCGAAACCAGAGGUAGAUGAUCUUGCAUUCGGAAAGUUCUUCACAGAUCAUAUGUUAAAAAUAUUAUGGCACCGAAGUUUGGGCGGAUGGCAAAAGCCGGAAAUAACACCAAUGGAAAAUCUAGUCAUUCAUCCCGCAGCCAAAGUUCUUCAUUAUGCAGUUGAAUUAUUCGAAGGAUUGAAAGCGUACCGAGGCGAAGAUGGUCGAAUACGUGUAUUCCGUCCCAAUAUGAAUAUGCAACGGAUGAACAUCUCAGCAUUUCGAACUGGCCUACCCACCUUCCAAGCAAGUGACCUGAUUCAGUGCGUGAAUCGAUUGGUGUCAAUCGACCAGGAAUGGGUUCCACACCAAUACGGUGCCAGUUUAUACAUACGCCCAACCUUAAUCGGAAUUGACCCAACGCUUGGUGUCGCCGCUUCAGACUCAGCCCUGUUGUACGCUAUCUUAUGCCCAGUCGGCGAUUAUUUCAAAGCCGAUUCCGAUGGAGCGAUUUCGUUGUUAGCAGAUCCAAGAUACACAAGGGCCUGGCCAGGUGGUGUUGGCGAUCGUAAAAUGGGUUCAAAUUAUGCUCCCACAAUCCAUGUACAGCGGGAAGCAGCUAGCAAAGGACUGCAGCAAGUUCUAUGGUUGUAUGGACCGGAUAAUGAAUUGACAGAAGUGGGAACCAUGAACAUAUUCAUGCAUUACAUCAACGAUCAAGGAGAAAAAGAGCUGGUCACACCGCCAUUGAAUGGCCUUAUUCUACCGGGAAUUACCAGAGAUUCGAUUCUUCGUCUCGCCCGACAAUGGAACACAUGCCAAGUGAAAGAGGAGAAAUUUACAAUGGAUAAAAUUAUCCGGCUGGUCAAAGAAGAAAGAUUACUUGAAUUAUUCGGUUGUGGAACAGCCUGCGUUGUAAGCCCGGUGAACCGUAUUCAAUACUUGGGCGAAGACAUUCCCAUUCCAACAAUGCAACAACACAAUCCCCUGUUCCAACAGUUGAAAAAUGAAUUGUCCGACAUUCAGUAUGGUCGCAAGGCUCAUCCAUGGGCUGUGUUGAUUGAUUAAAUCGAUAUGAACGAGGCGCAUAUAAUGGCCGGAUAUGAUUAAUUGUCCAACAAUUUGCAUUUAUUAUUUAAAUUUGUCUUUUAAUAAUUUAUUUUGUUUGAAUUGACGGCUAACGAAGGAAUCGUUCGUCGAUUAUGUAGUCCCAGAUUUAACGUAAACGAAAAUAGAGAACCCCAUUGACAAAAUAGCUGAUGUACUUCCGAAAUAAUGUUGUUGAAAGUAUACGGUUAGUGUUAUAGUUAAUGAAAUAAUGAAAAAAAAAACUUUUGCAGCCAUCGUUACAAUGUGCAUAUGCAUAUGUUCGUCAAUAUGUUACACGACGUGAAAUAAGAAGCCUCCCCCAUCAUAAAAUUUUAGUUUUUUUUUUGUCGGAUUCACCAAAUUGUUUCACACUCUAAUUUGCAUAAGAAACGAGUGUCAACACUUGUUUCUUAUGCAAAUUACGGCAGCUCUGGAUUGUACUUUUCUCCCACACUUAAGGGUUUUUCUUUCUUUACUUCAUUUCCCAUCCAGCUAAAUCGCUGAGAAAAAGUGGAAAGAAAGCUAAUUCUGAAGUUGCUGACCUUUGGUCACACACUUCACUUCCACCAGUGAGUGGAAUAUUUUUGAGGUCGGUCCUCUUAAAAUUGAUCAGCAUUUACGAAUAGGGGACAAUCGCAUUAAAAGUCCAACUCUACAUGUCGACCGGUAUGAUGCAUAAAAACCUAAAGUUUUAUAAUGGAAUCAGGCUUCAAUCGGCUUUAAAUGUUUGAAGCGAAAGAAAAGAACUAAAAAUGUGAAAAAUUUAAAGUAUCGAAAUUGAAGACUAAAAAUUAAAUUGAAAAUACUUUUUGACAAUUGAAAUAUAAAUUAGAGAAUUAAUCGAAAUUAGAUUCGUUUCGGAUUCGUGUUUCCGAAUCGAUCUGGUCGUACAGAAGAUGAUAAUGUGCAUUUCUAAAUUUACUUAAAAUGUUUUUAGGAUUUUACUCUAAUUUUAAUUGACUUAUUCAAGUCAUUUUAUUUCUUAAAAUUUAAAUAAUUUAAAAAACAAAAACAACAUUCCGUACAACUCUAACAAAGCUACUCGAAGCUGUGACAAAUAUUUGAUUUUCAUUUUAUAAGUAAGUCUUUAAUUUGUUAAAUAAAAAUUCGAUUGACCCACCCUCGACGAAU